AAAAAUAUGACGAGUUAAAUAAAAGAUAGUGCAUAUUUUGGAUUCUUUGUAGAUAAUCCUGAGAAUCAUUCAUUAUAAAUAAAUGGUGAGAUGAAGAAUUCAGAAACAAAAUUCAGAUUUAGAAAAUAUUGCAAAUCUUAAAUAGUUGAUGUUCGCUUUCCAUGGAAUAACACAAAGGUUCAUUUCAGAGUUAGAGAUUAAAAUGAUUUAAAAUUAGGAUUUGAUUUAGGUUAAUGGAAGUUAGCAAAAUUUGAUGCUUCUUAUUUUGCCAAAGUCUUUUCAACUAAUAAAAAACUUUCAUAUUAAUUUGGAUUUCACAAAGAAGUAAAUAAGAAAUUUUGUCAUUCUGCAUGUAAUAAAUUUAUUUAUGUUUAGGGGUUUUUUUUAAUUCAGGAUUAUUUGUUAACUAUAACUUUAAUUAUACAUAGCCUUAAUGGUAUUUUAGAGAGGGAAUUAAAUGGGAUACGACAUAAAAUCAAUUUAGUUUUGAUGGAUUAUUUAAUUACACUUAAAAUUUGAAUGAUUUUUUCAUAAAAGCCUCUAAUAGCUUAGAUAGCAAAUUAAACUGUACAAAUUAGGAAAUUAAAUUUGGAUAUUUGAGAAGAAGAGGAAAUGAUAAAGCUUGUGGAUUUUUAGUGGAUAACAAUUUUAAUGUUGAUUUGAUAUGUCAUGCAAAAUUGAAGAAAUUUGAUUGGAGAUUUUUCAUCAAUAAAUCAUUAGAAGUCAAAUAAUUUGUGAAAUACAAUUAUAAUGACUCGUAAAAUCUUAAAUAAUAAAUUUAGUUUAUCAAUCCAUACAGGAAUCGCUGUUCCACUAAAGACUAUAGGAAAGGUCUGUCCUAUGUCAUACUUGACUGCAUUAUAAGUCGAGUUAAACAUUUGAGACUAUUAAUUACAAAACAAAAACAAUUAAAAAUAAG